GAAUCUGAAGAUAUCUCAGCUUUUAUCAAAAGUUUCCUUUCUUUCUUUUUAGUGGUUCAGAAAACAGAUUUUCCUCUGUGUGUGUUUCAUGUUCAGCUGGAGCGUCGAGUCUUUGCUGGUGUUGAUUUUCUCAUAAACCUUCGUUUUAACGCUGCUGGUUUAAGGUGUGUGUUUGUGUUUGUUUAUGUGUUUGUGUGCGGCGGCUCUGAGCUUCGGUCAGCAGCAGGCUGAGCGUCACAUGAUCCACUGUCCAAUCACACAGUGAUUCUCCUGUCCACCUCCAAGCUGAGGAGGAUCUGGUGGAGGUGAAACCAUCAUGAUGUCUGAUCACAAAACACAAAACGCUGCUGAGCCACAGAAAGCUGAGCAGAUGUGGCAUCAAUGACCUUUAACCUGGAAGAACAAAGGAGAAACAAAAGGUUGAGACAAUAAAACAGCCAAACAUCUGACUGGUGACCCUUGAAAUCUCCGUCAACCAGGACAGAAACGUCUGUUGUGAAGCGGCUUCAUUGUUGACAUGUUGUUAUGGAGACAGUUUGUCUCAGUUUGUUGCAGCUCCUCGUGUUUCUCCUCCUGUGGACGUCAGUCUGCAGGCUGAGGGUCUGAAACCUUCCGUCUCCAUGAAGUUACAGUUCAGCUAAUGUCUGGAAAAAGAGCCGUUUAAAAACCUCCAGAAUGUAACGUCAUAAAUCAGCUGGCACUGCAUGUUACCUAGCAACCCCAGCAAAGCCCAGCCUGUUGCCUAGCAAUGCAAGGAGAGCUCCAGCAGGUUUGGUCAGCUGGUUUUACUGCUGCACAAUGGCUGCUGGAAAAGAAAACGAUCCAGAAAUCACUUGCUGCAUUUUUAUUGGUUAUGCAGGAGGCUCCACUUCUGCUUUUCAAAGAAGUACAGUUGUGUAAUUACGCAUUUGUUUGCAGCUAUUUUCACAUGUCAGAGUAAACGUUGAGUUCGGCGCCAGCAGCAGGAUUUAAAGUGACAGGACGCCCUAAAACAGCUGAAAAUACAAAACUGAGACCAAAAUCUCAUCAUCUAAGAAAAAUGCAAUGAAGAUGUUUCAGAGCCCAGUGGCCCAUCCUAACAUGUUCAUUCGCUUUAACACAGACCUGGAAUCACUGCAAGCAUUUCUCUAAGAAAGCAGGAAACCAUGGAGAGAGGAGGAGGGAAAUGUCUGUGAGGAGGAAGGAGGAGGGAUGAAGAGGAAGAUAAGAAGCAGGGGGAGGAGAGGAGAGAGGCAUUGUGGGUCCAUCCAUCCUCCAUGCGGGACCCUGCAGCCGGAACCCCGGCCGUCUUUCUUUUGGUUUGAGGAAAAGCUCAACGUGUUUGGAGUGUUUCCAUUUCCCGGCAGCAGAUGAAGGAAGGCGGCGGCGUCUGGACGUCUGUGUGCGGCGAGCAAAGCUCAGGGUUAGGAUCUGAGCGCGGGGUGAUGAGAGGAAGACGAGUUGCUCUGCAGCAUCACUCUUCCUCCUUAUUGUCUCCCCGCCUGCAGCAGCAGCGCAGUCCGGCUGCGUUAUGCCUGCGUCUGAGGGGAACCGCUGCUGCGCGGCCGGGCCGGGCUGAGGGGGGGCCGCGCUGACUGCAGGACAAUGACCCGGCUUGGUUUUCUGAGCAACAAACCAGACAAACAUUUUGAGGAUUUAAAGGAACGGAGUUUAAAGAUGGGAUGACCGCUGUGUGGCGCUGAACCCGACCCAACAUGAACUCCUCCUCCAAUCCGAACCAGAGCGGCUCUCCUUUGUUCUGCCUGCUGGGAGCGGUGGGUUACUCCCACCGCCUGGACACCUGCCUGCUGGAGGCGGCCAUCAUCCUCUUCCUCGCUGUGCUCAUCAUCGCCGGGAACCUGCUGGUGAUCUUUGUCUUCCACUGCGCGCCGCUGCUGCACCACCACAGCACCGGACACUUCAUCCAGACCAUGGCGUGCGCCGACCUGCUGGUGGGCGUCAGCUGCCUGGUGCCGUCUCUGUCCCUGCUGCGCUGCCUCCCGGGCCUCAACCAGCAGCUCGCCUGCAAAGCCUUUGGCUACGCCGUUUCUGUGCUGAAGAGCGUCUCCAUGGCGUCGCUGGCGUGCAUCAGCGUGGACCGCUACGUCGCCAUCACCCGCCCGCUGUCCUACGCCACGCUGGUGACGCCGUGCCGGCUGCGGGCGUGCAUCGUCCUCAUCUGGGUUUACUCCGCCCUCGUCUUCCUGCCGUCCUUCCUGGGCUGGGGGAAGCCCGGUUACCAUGGCGACGUCUUUCAAUGGUGCGCCGAGUCGUGGCGGACCAACCCGACGUUCAGCACCUUCAUCGUGGCGCUGCUGUACGCGCCGGCGGCGCUCACCGUCUGCUUCACGUACGGGAGCAUCUUCCGGAUCUGCCGGCAGCACACCCGGGAGAUCAGCCAGCGCCACGCCCGCUUCGGCGCGCAGGCCACGCCCACCGGGGGCGAGCGCUGCGACGGCUGCACGGACAAGCGCUACGCCAUGGUGCUGUUCCGCAUCACCAGCGUCUUCUACGUGCUCUGGAUGCCCUACAUCCUCUACUUCCUGCUGGAGAGCGCCGGGCUGUACCGCCACACGGUGGCGUCGUUUCUCACCACGUGGCUGGCGAUCAGCAACAGCUUCUGCAACUGCGUCUUCCGAAAAGGCCUGGGCAGUCUGCUGCAGCCGCUGCUGCCUUCCUGCCUCGGCUGCGCAGACGGCAGGAAGGCCCCGCCCCCCGGCAGCCUGCGCACCGACACGCGGUGCCACGUCUGACGCUCUGCAGCCGCGGAUUGGCGGAGGUGUUUCAGAGCGUCUGUUUGGCGUCUGCAGGACCGCAGAGAGGCGUCCGAGCUGAUGCCUGCUGGUCCUUCUGAGAAGAAGUGAAUGAAACUCAGUGGAGGAACAAAGUUUGACCCCAAACUGCAUGAAAAAGGUCAAUGUGUGAAUUCAGAGAAUCGAAUUAACACGUAAAAAGACAUAAAAGGAAAGUCUAGUUCAACCUGCAGUCAGAUCCAGCAAAUGCAAAAAGCGAAACAGUUUAUUGCCUCAUUUUCAUCCAAAAAAACUUGGAUAAUUAAUUUUUUUAUUUUUUAUGUUGGAUUUUUGAUAAACUUACUGUUUCAUUCUCCUAAUAUUUUAACCGUCUUCUGUUUAUAUUAAAGUUUAUUUUGGCAGUUUUUCAAUUUUGUUGUCAUACGACUUUAUUUUUGUAAAAGAUAAUAAUUUUUUAGCCUGACUGUUAUAUUUUGUUAGUUAACCUGAAUUCAAAGUCCAAAUAAAUAGGAGAUGCAAAACACAACAAGAUGGCCGCCCUGAGAUCUGGAGACGCCAGGAUUUCAUUGGUGGAAAAAAAUCCCUAUUUUCCAAAGCUGUGAUGAAGUGAUGGGAUGGACUGAUGGUUCCAGGGACGGAGGUGGAGGUGGAGGCGACGGCCGCUCAGACUGCAGAUGUGGAGGAUCUGUGUGAAAAUCUCCUUCUGAUCUGAUCUGAGCUCAGGAAGCUCAGCGGCUGAAGCUGAGUGUUUGUUCAGCCUGGAUUCAUGGAAAAUGUUGAUUUAUGAAUCAGCUCAGUUCUCUGACCUGCGGCGUUUUUCCACCUGCCGCCUGCUGAACGCCCAAUAAGGAGACAGACGGUUUAUUUAUUUCAUCAGCAGAUGAAUCUGAAUCUGAGGCGUUUCUGUUUGCUGCUGUUUGAAGCAGAAACUUCCUCCUGAUAUGAUCCGAGGUUUUUUUUUUCUCUUUUUCAUAAUUUUCUCUUCUUAAAGGUUUGAUGUGCUUCUCUCUCAGCAUUAUGGAGAGUCUGACAGUAACUGUACCUUUAUAUUAAAACCAAUAUUUAAAACUAAACAUUUUAAAACAAAAAAAAUGAAAGAAUUAUUACUGUUGUGGCUAAUUUUAGAUUAUAUAUUGCUCUAAUUUUGACUAUUGUGGCUGUAAUAAUGUAUCUAACUAGUUAUUUUGCUACAAAAACAAAAAGUGUUGAAUCUUUAAUGUCUUUUGAUUCACUCAUAAAACUGAUCUGAAACCAGUUUCUCAUAUUUUGAGGUUCCUGGAUUAACUUUGACUUCAGUUUCAGGUUUUCAAGUUAAAUUUAGAGUAAAAAACCAGCAGAUAAUUUAAAUAAUGAGGUUCCAGCUGAUCCAGUUGAACUUUAACAUCCUGAACAGCAGCUACAUUUACGUUUCUCUGUCGUCCUGCUGUUUCUAAACGGACCGAAGUCUCGAUCCGGCUCCAUUUUACCGCUCAGACUUUAACUCUGGCAGCUUCCUGUAACUUUUUACAACUUUAAAAUGUAAAACAAAAUAAAGAGAUGCUGCUUUUCCAGAAGAUCUGAGUUUUUACAACCAGAAAUAAAUGGAAGAGCCAAGAAAAAUGAAGAAACAUGAGUUUAUAACUAACAUUAUUAUUCUAGAAAUGCAUUUUUCAGAUUUGUACCAUAUAUUAUCACUUUAUUACGGCAUAAAUCACCUCAUAGCAAAACGUUUCACAUUGUAACAUUUAUAUUGUGUAAAGGUGAUAAUUGAUCCUGUUUUCCUCAAACGCGUCGCAUUAACAGAGGAUGCGUCUGUUUGACCUCCUGGAGGUCAACAUAUCUCAAUCUGGGGCUAAAUAGGAUAUUUACACUGUAAAAACCUGAUUUGUCUUUUUGUCAAAAAUAGUAUGAAUAUUGUAAUAAAAUAUUUCUUGUACUUUGAAGUUUAAUAUCAUGAGUGGCACCAAGAAACGAAACUGAACAGCAAAGUUUGAUUCUUCCAAACAGGAAAACCAGUUUAGAUCCUUUAGCUCGGCGGCUAACAGUUUGUAGCAACAGGAGGGGGAGGGGCAGCAGCGUUCUUUGAUUCUUUUCAUCAAAUUCUAAUAUUUUAUCUGGGAUUUCUCUAAAUGGAAAUGAGAUUAAAAUCUUCACUUAUUAAAGCUUAGUACUGAAAUCUGACCCAUAAUUUAAUAAACCGUUUCAUUUUUGUGCCUGAAACGGUUUAAUAAAGCAGAAUUUCAUUAAAAUAUUUUAAACAUCAUAAGAUAAUCAUAAAGUCUGGUUUUAAAACCAUUAAACAUGAAAUUCAGAGUUUCUGCUUCUGAUUUUGAAGCAAAAGUUUUUGCUCAAAGACCAGAGGAAAAAAAAAAACUGGGAAAUGAAAUAAAUUAAAC